AAAAAAAAAAAGAUCAAUUGUUGAUGCUUGAAAUUCACACUUCAUUCCAUAGCCACAAUGGGCAAAGUCCAACGCGGAACGCGAGCUAAGGCUUCUGGGUCGCCAUACCAGAAACCUGGAAAAGCUGAUAGAGGACCCCUGGGCAAAGCUACCUCGUCCAUCUUCAAGUUCAAUACGGAUCUUGGCCAGCACAUCCUGAAAAAUGGAGCAAUCGCGGACACAAUCGUUGAUAAAGCAAACGUCCAGCCCAGCCAGACUGUGCUUGAAGUUGGUCCUGGUCCUGGUAUCUUGACGACCCGUAUCCUGGAGAAGGCCAAGAAGGUUCUCGCUGUCGAAGUCGAUCCCCGCAUGGCGGCUGAAUUGACCAAACGCUUCCAAGGAACACCGGCAGAGAAGAAGCUCCAGAUUGUGCUCGGAGACUUCAUCAAGACGGAUCUCUCGAAACUCCCCCCUUUCCAAAUCUGUAUCAGUAACACGCCAUACCAGAUUUCGUCCCCGCUCGUCUUCAAACUUCUUUCCAUGCCCAACCCUCCCAAAAUGUGUGUUCUCAUGGUCCAGCGUGAAUUCGCCCUUCGACUGAUCGCGCGUCCCGGAGAUGCUCUGUACUCUCGUUUGUCUGUCAACGUGCAGUUCUUCGCUCGUGUCUCGCACAUCAUGAAAGUCGGGAGAAACAACUUCCGACCACCUCCUCAGGUCGAGUCCAGUGUCGUACGAAUCGAACCGAAAACGGGACGACCGGAAAUCAGCUGGGAUGAGUGGGACGGCAUGCUACGCAUCUGUUUCGUGCGAAAGAACAAGACCCUGCGAGCAGGAUUCAUGACGACCAAGAUCCGGAUGAUGAUCGAGAAGAAUUGGAUUACUUGGGCUUCGAUGAACCCGGAGAAGGUUGCUCAAGCCGAUAUUGAUAUUUUGCUCGGAAACACCCCUCUCCCGGAAUCGCUGGGUGCCAAGGAGGAUGGGGAUAUGGAUAUGACAGAGGACGCCGCUGGGGGACCAGAGGGCGACGAUGAUGACGUGGAUAUCUUUAUGGAUGAAGCGGCAACCAACGAUAAGAGUGCAUCCGGUGUGGCUAGUGGCCCCAUCGUGACGGUUGCCUCGCACCAGGUUCCUCGAAAUAUGGUGACCAAGCUGAUCCAACUCAAGAUCCAACGGAUUUUGGAUGGAGCCGGGCUGGCCACUGCUCGUGCAAACAAGUGUGACGAAAACGACUUCCUACGCCUUCUUCAUCUUUGCAACACAGAGGGCAUUCAUUUUUCCUGGCCCUUGCACGCUCUCAGCCGAGUGGUGCUGGACACUGCUCUACGCCCAUUAUGGAUUUGUCUCCAGCCUAUCGGGUCGGAAUCUCCGGCCUACGGCACACUCCAACCUUUAUAG